GGGAAGGGGGGGAGAGAAGCGAUCGCGAGAGAAAAAAAUGCAACCUCCCAAAAUAAAGAGCAAAGAUUGCAUUAGGAGCGAACAGCGCUGCAGAAAUAGAUGGCAGCUUCGUGUCAUUGACUGAAACAAAACAAAACAAAAGGGCCACUGGAUGUCUGCCUUCUUGGGGGGUGAGCCAGACAGACUGACAAACAAACAGCCCCAACUGUGUUCGGGGGAGGGUUUUGCCUCCCGUUUUGCCCGGCAGCAGCAGCAUGGACGUGUUGGCUAGUUAUAGUAUAUUCCAGGAGCUACAACUUGUCCACGACACCGGCUACUUCUCAGCUUUGCCAUCCCUGGAGGAGACCUGGCAGCAGACAUGCCUUGAAUUGGAACGCUACCUACAGACGGAGCCCAGGAGGAUCUCAGAGACCUUUGGUGAGGACUUGGACUGUUUCCUCCACGCUUCCCCUCCCCCGUGCAUUGAGGAAAGCUUCCGUCGCUUAGACCCCCUGCUGCUCCCCGUGGAAGCGGCCAUCUGUGAGAAGAGCUCAGCAGUGGACAUCUUGCUCUCUCGGGACAAGUUGCUAUCUGAGACCUGCCUCAGCCUCCAGCCGGCCAGCUCUUCUCUAGACGGCUACACAGCCGUCAACCAGGCCCAGCUCAACGCAGUGACCUCAUUAACGCCCCCAUCGUCCCCUGAGCUCAGCCGCCAUCUGGUCAAAACCUCACAAACUCUCUCUGCCGUGGACGGCACGGUGACGUUGAAACUGGUGGCCAAGAAGGCUGCUCUCAGCUCUGUAAAGGUGGGAGGGGUCGCAACAGCUGCAGCAGCCGUGACGGCUGCCGGGGCCGUUAAGAGUGGACAGAGCGACAGUGACCAAGGAGGGCUAGGGGCUGAAGCAUGUCCCGAAAACAAGAAGAGGGUUCACCGCUGUCAGUUUAACGGGUGCCGGAAAGUUUAUACAAAAAGCUCCCACUUAAAGGCCCACCAGAGGACUCACACAGGUAGUGAGAAGCCUUACAAGUGCUCAUGGGAGGGAUGCGAGUGGCGUUUUGCACGAAGCGAUGAGCUCACAAGGCACUACAGGAAACACACAGGUGCAAAGCCCUUCAAAUGCAACCACUGCGACAGGUGUUUUUCCAGGUCUGACCAUCUUGCCCUCCACAUGAAGAGACAUAUCUAAAAAACCGAAAGGCCAGAGUUGCCGUGGCAUCCGCUAGUGUCUAAAGGAAACGGGCACGCCAUGAGGCAGGGGGCUGGACUUCAGGCGGGGACCCAUUGCCUCGCAGAAGAAAGUUCUCAUUUAUAAACCUCUGUACACACACACACAUACACACACACUCACAGACCCACACACAUACACACUGUCAUGCACUCAACUAUAUUUAAAAUGUAUACGUCUAUUCUUUAUGCCUUGCCCUAGCCAGAUGGAAGAAGAUGAAGAAGGAAACCAGGUGAACUCAGCAAGGCAGACUGGCUGCUUACUUCAGCACUAUUGGAAUUAUUUCCCGCUGUUGCCAAUGGAAAUCAAAGAAAAUGGAUGUGACAUCUCUGCAGGUGGACGGCAGUCCGAGGGGCUUAUUUAACUUGCUUCUCAGUGCAACUUGAUAGGAGAAUCCAGCAUCUUAAAGUCGCAUAUGUGUAGCACUAAUGUUUCUUUUUAAAUAGUUGGGGGAAAAUGACCUAGAAAACCAAAUUGCAGUUUGGUAGCCAAAAUUAACUCUUGGUUUAUUUGUCCUUUGUGUGUGAAAAGUCCUACUAUUCCGUGCGUCAGACUUCCUCACAGAACUGUUGACUGGUUUUGGUUCUUCUUAGUACUAUUGAGAUCUUUCGCGUCGAUCCCAACGGCCUUAGCGGCGGCAGACUCUGGAAUAACACCUUACACCUUUCUGGCCUGCAUUUCUGUAGACUUCACUCUCAAGGGAGGAGUUUUCUUUUCUUACUUUUUGACUCUUGCACACCAUAUGCACUAGGGAUUCUGGAAACUUCUAGCAUGACUGCAAAGUGGCCGAGAGAAUAAAGUCCUUGAUGGUAAAUCACAGUAUAUCCCUUGAGCCUCACCUUAUUGCCAGUGCUAGAUUUUUUCUUUUUAAUCUCUCCGUUUUUGCUAACGAAAACUUGAAAAGCUUAUUUGGAAGCUUAAAUGUUUUAUCUUUUCUCCAUGGACUAAACCUCCCCAGGACUCUCUCGGCACCUGGAUGUCCAGCUCUCGAAGCAGCCAAUCAGAUGGGACAUCACAGUUCUCUCAUCCUCCUUGAGGCAUGAUGACCUCAGCUCAUAGUGAUCAACCGUUGUGCUGUGUGUCAUUGCUACCCUAUAACCAGUUACAGCAUAGAUGUCGCUAGUCUCAGAGGGCAGCUGCGUAUUUAAUUUAACUCUGGUUUAUGACCUGACAAAAAGCCAAAAAUAUCACUCUUUCCAGGAGUGGGGAAAACUGAGGAUGCCUCCCAAGUCUAGUGGCUUCACAAAAGAUCAUCCUAUCUUCUCUCUCAUGCCCACUGAUCUCCUGUUCCCCGACUUGUUACAAUACACAAUUUAAAAUGCCAUUGUGGGAGUGAAGGGUUGACAUUUAAGGAAAAGGUUGAGGUGUUUCUCUCAUGGGCUGUCUAAAAGGAGAGACACAUUUCUUUCUUUCUUUCUUUCUUUUUGGCUAGGCCCACCAUGACUUGUGACCGAGAACCCCCAGGAUUAACAGAGGCCUCACAUUUACUCUGCAGGCUGACUCCAAAGGAGUCUACAGUCCUUACUUGUCAUACCACACACACACAUCCAAUACUGGUCUCUACCCGCAUUCCUAGCUAGCUGGCACAGGCCUCAACUCCAAAGACUGCCUUUAGGACCAUCAAAUGGCCUAUGCAAGCAAGCGGGGUGGUUAUUAGGACAGAUUGUAUAUUUUGUAUAUUCUGGGACCAUCCCUUCAAGACACGUCUAUAAAACAAAAUGGCGCUUGGUCCACACACGGUUGCUGCUCCCUCCUACCAGCUGGCUCCCCUCCUGUCCUCCUUUGACUGUUUGACUCAUUGACUGUUAAAAUGCCACCCCAUACAUAUUUGGGAUGCAAAACUGAAGUCAAAAGGAAAUAAUAAUAUAAGAAACACAAACACAUAUAUGACAGCAACCUUCAAGAUCUGGGUUUUCAGCUUUCUGCAACCUUUUGUUUUCACUGAAAUGUUGAAACUACUCGUCUGAGGGCAAAGGAACCUCCUCACAAACGCUGUAGCUGCCAAUUGGACACUUGGGGCAUUUCGAGGUCUGGCCCUAAGAAUUUACUUUCUCCUUUUCCUUUUUUCUAUUUAGACCAAAAACAAAAAAACAAAAAAACAAAAAACGAAAAAACGAAAAAAAAAAAAAAAACAGAAAAUAAUACAAAAAAAAUAAAUAAAUAAAAGAAAAAACACCCGUUAACACACACACACACACACACACACACACACACACAAAAUCUGUCCAUUUGCCGGAGGCAAUUAAAUGUAUGUUAGUUGGAGGGUAUUAAAAAAAAAUCAGUUUUAUUCCAAAGAUUUAAAACUAGACAUGACUUAAAAACAAUUUCUGGAGCACUGCUUGCUGACAAUCUCGUAGUUCUCUACUGCAUUUGAGUGCAUUUUGUGGCCAGUCCAUCAGGGCAUACCAUGGGAUUAUAUUUGAAUGUGUGGUACAUCCUUCCUGGAUGAAGGAUGUGUGAGGGACCUUGAACCUCAGCUGUAUUAAACUGUAGCGCCUCCAGUCAGUGCACUAGAUGAAACUUUUAGACACCCUGAAUUCUGUUGGUUCCUUUCUUUUCCUUUAUGUAGCAGCCUCCAGCAUGAUUGCACGCACACGCCAGUGAUGGCAUUAAGCCAUGGCCACCAUGAUUUGCAAAUGUUCUCUCCCAAGCUGGAGCUGCUCUUGCCUCUCGAAAUGCUAUUAUUAAGGGUUUAUAAUACUUAAUUUAAUUUUCGAACUGACCAAUGCAAGGCUCUAUUAAAAAGAAAGUUUAAAAAAUGCAAAAGAGUAAUCAUUGCUUGUUUGCUCCCUAUUGUCAUCUGUGGUCUCAUUUGAAUGUGGCAGAACAAAGGCCCUUUGGUCCUCAUCAGUGUCUGAAAUGUUCAGUAAUUUCUCUCUCGUUUGUAUCAGUGAGGUCCUUUGUAAUCUGCUCCUGACCUUUCUUGGAGCAGGGUGCAUUGACACUCAAUGGUGGUGCUUGCUUGCUUCGGAGUCAUUUGUUGACUGUGAGAAUUGGCCUAAGAAUUUGGUGGGUGCUACGUGGAUGGCUUUGAAACUGUUCUUCUUUAGCCCAGUUGACACCCGUGAAUGAUGACCAGUCCUGAUCAUUUGGAAAUGAAUUUGUAAUAAAAUGUCCAUCACCUCUGCAGUGGCAGAGAUGGUUGCUAAGAGCCUCUAAAGCGACCAGGUUUUCCAAGAAAUAACCUGAAGAUGUUUUGCUCCCAAGAGGACUGGUAUUUAAAACAGUGCAUUAAUGGACAUUUGAAACACAUUAAACCCCUUUCUUAUUUCAAUUGUUAUCUCCUAACACUCCAGGGGAUCCCAAGUUUGAAAGGAAAAACCGGUUCUGGUGUUUCUGGUGGUGUCCUAACAAGCAUGCUUUUAUCCAGGGUUCAGAGUUGGACACGUAGAAAAAGAGUUUCUAAGCCACUAACAAUUUUUUUUUUUUUUUUGUAAUUUCAAAUUAUACUUCUUUCUCCUACCACAUGGCUGUAAGUCAUAGACAUGGAAACCUGAAAUUAGAAUGCUGCUCCUAGCUACUGGCCUCCUGCCCCACCCAUGGUUAAUGGCUCAGCUCAGUGCCUGGUGGUAAUGAGUAUUAUGUCCAGAAAAAGUGAUGUUCAGAUUCCAUGACAAAGCUGCAUUUUUGUAAAAAUAUUGGCGACCCCAAAAUGAACUUCAUGCUGACCAUUUCCUCCUCUCUGUGUGCUUUCCCUUGCAAAGCCCUUCAAAUAUCCUCUUCACUCGACGCCAUCUCCUCUCCACCUGCACCUCUUGUGCCCUUUGUACAUCUUUGAUUGGCUGAUAACAGGGUAAAAGGACAGCCAACCUCAUGCCUGAUUAGCAGAACCGAAUCCUAGUUUUAAAAAAAUCUUCUCUGGCUUCAGAGAGGAUUUUAUAAGGACUUGUGUUUGGGAUAAGCUUUCCAGAUUAUCCAUGUCUGUUUGCAUCAAAGGGGAAAGAAAUGGGGCUUUCGGAUGGCUCUUCCAGUGCAUUCGGAACAUUGCCUCUUGCCUUCAUUCCUGCAUUUUAUGGCAAAGCCAAAAGAAAGAAACUCAAGUUGCAAGAACAAAACCCAGUGACUAGUUUUGACGAUUCGAAAUGAUUUCCUUUAUGGAAGUCACUUCAUAAAAAUGUUAAAUAAAAAGUGGGGAAGUGCUUUAGUCUUCUCUUUUGCAUGAGUUGCUUUUGGGAGCAGGAAGAAGGUAGGCAAAGUAAGAUAAAGAUGCAACACAUUUAACUACAAAAAUCAGAUUCAUUUUUUAGUUUAUUGUAAUUUUUUUGAAAUCAGGAGGGCCAGCAUUUCUGGCUGCAAUUUUGCACCCAGAACAUUGCCAAAAUGAACAUUCAGUGAGUAGAACCUGAUUGAAAUUUAUUGCUGGAAGCUUUCCUUUGCAUUUUGGGGAAAUGGCCGCCUGCCAAGCGCAAGAGUUGAGGGGCAGGAGGGGAGGACUCAAAUUCUGGGUGUCUGGAUUAAAUUUCGGUGAACAUGGUGAUAUCUCAGUUUGAAAACUAGAGGGCCUAUCCUGAGUAUACAUCAAUGUCUCUUUGAUGGCCUACUUUCCUCAAUGAGGAUCUUUGGGAAUACUUGAGAUGGAACAACAGAAACGUGUGAAAGGAAGCAUAAACUUCUUGUAAAUAACGUGACCUCCCAUGACGAACUGCCUGAGGCUUCAGGGUUUUUUCUUGCUUUUAACACUCUUAAAUCUCCUCUGUUGGUUCCUAAUAGAUCCCAGAAAAGGGAAAAAUAAAGCUGCAAUUAACUUUCUUAUGUGCAUCCUUCCAAUAUAGUACUGUAUUCUUCAGGUGUUUUGCAUUUAACAUUAAAGUCCUCGGGAAACAGGUGUCAAAAACAGAGAGAAAUCCUGGGCCAUCACUUCACAAGUAUCCCAAACGAGAUAUUCUUUUCAAACAGGGCUCCCUCUCAGUGGUCAUGAGGGAAGGUUAAUACGUUCUUUGUUGGGGACUGUUUAUACAAUUUUUUUUUCAACUGUGAGCUUUGGAAUCGUAACUUGCUGUGAGUCCAGCUUCUGUCUACUGCCAUAAGAUGGACCCCACGUCAGCAUAAUGAGGGUGGUAUAUAUGCUCGCACCUAGACAUGCGCGUAUGUACCUGUCGUACCUUCACGGAAGGAAAACAGGCUACUGACGUUUCAGAGGAGUAGCCACCAGUGCCUAAUACCUUUUGGGGGGGAUGGAUGCUUAUAAUUGCCAGUAUAUCGAAACCACACUGGGAGUUCCACAUAGCGGGGAGGGUUUGGGGGUGGGCAGAGGGGACAUUUUAAACCUAGGCCUUUGGACUGGAGGCAGAAUGAUUUCUGCAAACCUAGGUCCUGAAGGCUUUGGGGCUUAUUGGCUGGUUCUCAACCUUUUUGUUUUUUCUUCCCAGCAUGCAUUUCCUAUCUAAACCCAGACUUAGUUUAAUUUCCUUAUCUUUCACUUCUGCUUCAUUCCAGGGAGGAAAAAUACACCUGUUAAUGGCCAAGAUCUCCUUGCUAACACAGAGGCAAAAAUAAAUGUCUAAUGUUUUUGAAGCCUCCCCUUCCUUUCCACAAGCCCCCGCCCGCCCCCGCAUCAAGCUCCUUCUCCCACUUCCUACUCCCACAGAGCUUCCCAGUCACCACAACUUUUCUUUCAAAUCUCUAUUAUCCUCUUAACAGUUGCUUGAAUAAAUUUAUUUUUGCACUAUACAUUUUCUUUUUGCCAGAUGUGUCUAACAAGUGUGUUUGGAGAGACCUACUCCCAGCCCCCUCUCCUUCCCCGCCUCCCCCCGUCACAUUCUCUCAGGCCUUCUCUGGUAUUUAUAAUAUAUCACAGAAGUACCCAGUCUUAUAGCCCUCGGUUAUGCCUUUUUUUGACAUUUUAUUUUUUUUAAGCUUUUUAUAUAUAUAUAAAUAUAUUACUUUGUCAAGUUUUUUUGCUGUACAAAAGUCUUAAGAUUUAAAACUAUUAUUUGUAUUAUAUGAUGGUGGUAUGUUAAUGUUACAAAAUUAUUAAUGAAGAAAAAAUUUAUUUUUGUUACUGGUCUGUUUCAUAAUUCUUUUCUAAAUUGGUAUAUUGUAAGAUAUCUAUGCAAAAAAUGUUAUGUGACGCAUUUUUAUUUAAGAAUGUAAUAUGUGUAAUAAACAGUAGAAUGUGUUUGGCCUUGGAAUGCUUUACUGUAUUUCUCCUUAGCUUGUUUCACUGGGGAAAAAAAUCUUCGAAAGACACAAGUGGGUACUUACAUACUUUGUGAAAGUUUUCUUUCUUGGAGAAAGGGAAAGCAAAAGGUUGUAUUAGGUUAUCUUCGUUUAGGAAGUUGUGUGUGUGUGUGUGUGCACGUAUGUGUGUAUUUUAUAGUUUCACUGAGGUAGCUCAAUGCCUAAAUAAGAAGGGUCAUUGAGUUUAUUUCUUCAAGAGGAAAAAGGGAGCCAGUUGUUGGAGGUUAUGAAAAGCAAUAUUUUAGAAUGAGAUAGAUUACAAGAUGUUAUUUGUUUAGGGGGUUGGGAGAGGCUUAUUGAAAGCAGUUUAUUUGGUGAGCAAAGGAGGCAGUUUGUUCUGUGAUGGUGUUUAAUAGGAACCUAUUGGGAAAGGAUCUUUGAAGCAGUUUGUGAAGGAAGGAGGAAGGGGAAAGAUCAGAGGGAAUAAUUUAGGUGAGGGGUAGGGAGCAGUAAAAUGGCAGGAGAUGGUUAGAUUGGGGAGGAAAUGGGUAACCGGAAGCCAGGAAAUCCCGCUGGCUGUGGAGAGUACAAAAAAAUAGAUGGAAAUACAAGCAGCUUCAGACCCAGAGAAGAGAGGGAGAUGAAAGCCCCAGGGAAAAUUCUCAGAACUGAAAAGAAAAUUACUAAAAUCUCUGCCACAUACUUGACUUCCAGGAAAGAGCAUCACCAGUGAGGAGGAAGGUAGAGAACCCAGCUGGUGGUGUCGCCUCAGCAUCCCGAGCUCAGCGAUUCCCCAAGAGAAGUGGUGUCAUUCACAGGAAACAACAGUAAAACACAUUUGUCACAUGGGACACAGCACUAAUCAAGCUUUCUUUGCAGUCUUUGGACUUACAGAAGUGGAUACAAUGGUGAAUAACCUCUAUCCCUAAUCAAAUGAAUCUGACAAGAAACUUUUCAAUAAAUGUUUACUUU